UCCCUCCAAGCUCGGCUCCUUGAGCGCCAGCAUGCAGAUCUCCGCAGUGCUUCUGAGCCUGCAGCUCAUGGCGGCCGUCUUCAGCUCCCAGGUGCUCGCCCAGCCAGAAUCCAUUUCCAUCCCAGUCACCUGCUGCUUUGGUGUGGUCAGCAGGAAGAUUCCCUUCCAGAGGCUGGAGGGCUACACGAGAAUCACCAGUGCCCAUUGUUCCCGAGCAGCUGUGAUCUUCAAGACUAAGCUGGCCAAGGAGGUAUGCGCUGACCCCAGGGAGAAAUGGGUCAAGGAUUCCAUGAAGCUCCUGGACCAGAAGUCCCCAACUCAGAAGUCUUGACCUCCCCAUGCACACCUGGACUGAGACUCAGAGUCUGAGGCCAACAUUAUUUAUUUCCCAGCCUUCCCUGGGUACUGUGGGACAGUACUUUGUUAUAUAAUGUACCGAAAGGGGGGUUCUAUUUAAUCAUUGAAAGCACAGUAUUUCUUGAUAAUAUUUAAUUAAAGUUCUGGAUGUUUUUGUCUCUUUCCACCAUGAGCUCCUGUGAUUGCAACACACAAAGCCCUGGCGAUGCGUGGCUUUUACUUUUUAAUCUGUGAGCUCAGUUAAGUACGUGGCAACACGUCCGUGUUUGCUUUCUGGGCUGCCCAUGGCGCUGUGAGGUUCUUAUGAGGACUGGCGGUAUAUGAAACA